UCUAGGGGGAACACUUUCCUCCACAAGCAAGUUUCAUAACUCACCUUCGUUCUUUGUUUGUAACACUAGUUUCCCUUUAACCAUCAUGGCGACUAAUCAAACUGUUUUUUCUUUAUCCAUUGCCGAAGAACAAUCUGAUCCAAGACAAUCCCGAUCGUCUCCAGAAGAGGACUUUGAUUAUUCACAAAGGGGACAAUGGCUCCGCGCAGCUGUGUUGGGAGCCAAUGAUGGCUUAGUUACCGUUGCAUCACUAAUGAUGGGUGUUGGAGCUGUGAAACAAGAUGCAAAAGACAUGAUUCUUUCAGGAUUUGCCUGUCUAGUUGCGGGUGCAUGCAGUAUGGCAAUAGGAGAAUUUGUUUCAGUGUACACUCAACUAGACAUAGAAGUAGCCCAAAUGAAGAGAGAGAAUAAUCAAGAAGAAAAAGAGAGAGAGCAGCUGCCCAAUCCUAUGCAAGCAGCUUUAGCAUCGGCUCUAGCAUUUUCCCUAGGCGCAAUUGUUCCUUUACUUGCUGCCUCCUUCAUAGAAGAUCAUAAGGUGAGGAUGGGAGUGGUGGUAGCAGCGGUGAGCUUGGCGCUAGUGAUUUUUGGAUGGAUUGGGUCUGCUCUUGGAGGCACCCCUGUGGUGAUGUCUUGUGUUAGGGGUCUGUUGGGAGGGUUGAUGGCUAUGGCCAUCACUUUUGGACUUACCAAGCUUAUUGGCACUUAUGGACUUUAACUUGUCCUAAUUUACUGGAUUAUGUAAUAUAAUGUGUCAUCUUUCUGUGUCAAAAAUGUACAAUAAGCAGUUAUGCAAUAAAAGUGAUUUCCUUAAAUUUGCAA